GCCGCCCCCCGCCCCGGCCCCCCGGCCCGCCGCGGGAGCCCGCGCCGCAGAGCGGGGCCCGCCAGCGCCACCCGCCGGCCGUGGGGCCGCACCGCGCCUCCCCCCGUCCCCCCCUGCUCCGGCUCUCAAUGUUCCACACUGCCCGGCCACAGAGCCGCCGCCGCCGCCGUAUAGCCCCCCGGCCGCCUCCGUCCCCUCCUCGGGCGCCGCGGGCCCGGCCCGGCCCCCCGCCAUCCCGCCCCUCCGACCCAGCAGCGGGACAGGACGCCGGCGAAGUUCCCCACGAUGUCCAGUGAUAGGCAGAGGUCAGACGAUGAAAGUCCAAGUACCAGCAGCGGUAGUUCAGAUGCCGAUCAGAGGGAUCCACCUGCACCUGAACCCGAAGAGCAAGAAGAGCGAAAACCCUCUGCCACGCAGCAGAAGAAGAACACCAAACUAUCCAGCAAAACUACUGCUAAGCUAUCUACGAGUGCUAAAAGAAUCCAGAAGGAGCUAGCUGAAAUAACCCUUGAUCCUCCUCCUAACUGCAGUGCCGGUCCUAAAGGGGAUAACAUUUAUGAAUGGAGAUCUACUAUACUUGGACCUCCAGGUUCUGUAUACGAAGGAGGCGUUUUUUUCCUGGAUAUCACAUUUUCAUCUGACUAUCCAUUCAAGCCACCAAAGGUUACUUUCCGUACCAGAAUUUAUCACUGCAACAUCAACAGUCAGGGAGUCAUCUGUCUGGAUAUCCUGAAAGACAACUGGAGCCCUGCUUUGACUAUUUCAAAGGUUCUGCUGUCUAUUUGUUCUCUUCUGACAGACUGCAACCCGGCUGACCCUCUGGUUGGAAGCAUAGCCACUCAGUACCUGACCAACAGAGCAGAACAUGACAGGAUAGCCAGACAGUGGACCAAGAGAUAUGCAACAUAAAUGACAAACUACUUGUGCAGUGUGAAGGUGCAGAAGGCAACUUUGCAGUGUGCAACAAAUCUUUAUAGCCUUUACAAUACGGACUUCUGUGUAUAUGUUAUACUGAUUCUACUCUGCUUUUAUCCUUUUGAAGACUGGGAUACUGCCCCCCAAAAAGGUAAAUGCUAUCAAGAGUAGAAAUUUGUAGCUGUAGAUUAGUUAUGUUUAAAAUGCCUACUUGCAAGUCUUGCUUCUUUGGGAUAUCAAAAUGUAUUUUGUGAUGUACUAAGGAUACUGUUCCUGAAGUCAACCAAAUAUUAUAGUGCAUUUUAGCCUAAUUCAUUAUCUGUAUGAAGUUAUUAAAGGUAGCUGUAGAUUACUAGGAAUUAUGUCAUUUGUAUUAAACCCAGAUCUAUUUCCAAUAUGUGGUACAUGCUGUUGUGAAAACUGUUUUAACUUUUACCUUUGUCAGUUUGUAAUGAAAGGAUUUCCUUUUUCCCUUUGUAGCUCAGAGAGCACCCAGUGUAUCAUCUCAAACACAAUAAACAUGUUCCCCAAGGA